CCUCCGAGCUGCAGAUUGCGGAAGUAGAGUAGAGCAGCCUGCGGUACUCGGAUCCCGGGCAGCUGGAAUGAAGUGUUUGUUGAAAAGCGCGGAUGGGAAGCACCGUCCUAUCGAUCUUCCUAACGGCGCCGGGGUUAUCCUGGGCAGAGGACCCGACACCUGCAUAGCGGACAAGAAAUGUUCCAAAAACCAAGUGGAGCUCAUGGCUAAUUUUGAGAAAAGAGUGCUCCGUGUCACACAGUUGGGAGCAAACCCUACGUCCGUUGGAGAAGUCAAGUUGAUGAAAGGGGAGAGCGCGUUGAUGAAAGAAGACCAAGUUCUUUACAUGGUAAAUGCCCUGUACCCGUACACGGUGUGUUUCGAGGAGGAGAGCCCCAAGCACGCCGUGAAGGCAAAUGCGAAGGCCAACAAAACCCCAGCUAAUGCCGCCUCUCCAAAGAAAACCAUGAUUGACUUCUUUGGUGCUUCUACCUCCGAAAGCCAAAAGAGACGCUCUCGGGAAGGAGACAGCGGUUCCAAACCGUCCAGCAAGAGGCCAAAGCAUCAGGAAAGAAACCCCGAAGAGCAAAGCGAAGACUCGGAGGAGGAGAGGAUAGCGAAUAAACUGAAGGAGCUGCAGGAUACUUCAGCCAAAGCCAACAGGACGGCAACGAGCCAAGCAUCUCCUGCAGAGUCCAGAGGAGGUCCCUGCGCCAAGGAUGGCUGGGAGGAACACGGGAAGCUCCUAGUGUUUAUCAGAAAAGGUGUUCAGGCCUCUUCCAAGAUUGCUGGAUUUGACAUUGAUGGAACGAUCAUAACGACCAAAUCGGGGAAAGUCUUCCCAACCAGCGCGGAUGACUGGAGGAUUUUAUAUCCAGAGGUGCCAAGAAAGCUGAAAGAGCUUCUAGCUGAAGGAUAUAAGGUGGUCUUUUUCACCAAUCAGAUGGGAAUCAGCCGCGGCAAACUGAAACCCGAAGUUUUCAAAGCUAAAGCGGAAGCCGUUUUGGAUCAUUUGGGAAUUCCUGUACAGAUAUUUGUGGCAACCGGAAUGGGGAUUUACCGCAAGCCUGUGACUGGAAUGUGGGACUUCUUAUGUGACAAGGCUAAUGAUGGCAUCCAAGUGCGGAAGGAAGACUGUCUGUAUGUGGGAGAUGCUGCCGGACGCCCUGCCAACUGGGCACCGGACCGUAAGAAGAAAGACUUCUCUUGCAGCGACCGGUUGUUCGCUGUGAAUCUUGGAAUAAAGUUUUUCACUCCGGAGGAGUUUUUCCUUGGAUGGAAGAAAGCCCAGUUCCAGCUCCCCAACUACGACCCGAGGGCCGUGGAUCCAAGCGCUCCCCUGUAUGAUCCUCCAUCCUCAUCGCUGGUGUCUCCUUCCACGGAGGUAGUUGUGUCAGUCGGCUUUCCUGCAGCUGGGAAAUCCACCUUCAUAAAGGAACACCUGGUUCCGAAGGGUUACGUCUACGCCAACAGGGACACGCUGGGCUCGUGGCAGAAGUGCGUUGCCGCCUGCGAAGAGGCGUUGAGAAACGGGAAGAGCAUUAUCAUCGAUAACACCAACCCGGAUGUGGAGUCUCGCGGCAGGUAUAUCAGCUGUGCGCAGAAAUCCGGCGUCCCUGCGAGAUGUUUCCUCUUCACAGCCACCAUCGAAGUCGCGAAGCACAAUAAUCGGUUCCGAGAGAUGAUUCACACGGACAAAGGACACGUUUCCGUUAAUGACAUGGUUAUCAACAGCUACAAGAGUAAGUUUGUGGCUCCGUCUCUCAGCGAAGGCUUCAGCGAAAUUCUGAAAAUUAAUUUUGUGCCGCGUUUCAAGGAUCAGAAGCUGGAAACUUUGUAUCGGCAGUUCUCGGAAGGCUAAAGGGGGGGGGGGAACCUAUUUGGCAGCAGGUGUAACACUCCGAGGAAAAGGAUAACGUUUAUUUUAAUAAAUACAGUGUCUUUUCUAGAAAUCAUCUUA